AUGUCCAAGACAAACUUGUUAAUUUGUUAUGGGUCACAAACGGGAACUGCACAAAUGUUUGCUGAAGGUUUGAAGAGCGAAUUGAUGGAGAAAAAUCCAUCAUUCUUGUCAAGUGUUAAAGUUGUUGAUUUGAGUGAUAUUGAACCAGAAAGGGCCUUGUCAUUUGGCUUACAAAAAAAUGAUUUGUAUAAUAUUGUAUUAUUUAUCAUGUCAAACUACGGUGAAGGUCAACCAACUGACAAUGCUAAACCAUUUUAUGAAUUUUUUAUGAGUGACAAUACUAAGAGUUUGGAUUUCAAAAACAAUGCACCAAAUUAUGCAAUUUUUGGUUUGGGAAAUUCUGCCAACUUCCCUGAAAGAUAUCAAGCUGUUGGUAAAAGAAUGGAACAACGUUUAAAGGAUUUGGGAAGUGAUUUACAAUUCAAGAGAGGUGAAGGAGACGAUGGUGGUGAAGAAGGUAUUGAAACUGAUUUUGAAAAUUGGAAGAAUGAAUUUAUUGAAUUCUUGAAACAAAAGGAAAAUGAAACAUCCAAUUCAUCUACUGCAUCUUCAUGCCAAGUACCAUCUCAAAGUGAAACAAGUCAAAUGGGAGAAGGUGUGACAACAAAUGGCAAGCAUUUUUUUCGUCUUCUAGAUAAAGCCAAAUAUAGAGACAAGUUAAGACAAUUUGUUCGUUCCUAUGAUGCCAGCUCACCAGUUUCACCAAAGAACCCAUUCCCAUUGAAGAUUCAAUCCGUAAAGAAUUUAUGUCCAGAAUCCAAUAGAUUACGUCUUGAGAUUGAGUUUGAUAUUGAAGGAACUCCAAUAGAUUAUGAGACUGGUGACCAUAUUUGCAUUUUCCCAACCAAUCCAUCAUCUCUUGUUAAAAGAUUGGAAAGUUUCUUGAAAUUGGAUUUGCCUAUGGAGGAAAUUAUCUUUACUCUUGAAACACCAACAUGUAGUAUUGAAUUGCCACCAUUUAUUGCCACUAGAGAUAGCCCAAUUACUUUAUAUCAGGCCAUGUCUCAAUUCUUUGAUUUGAAUGGUGUCGUUUCUCCUUCUUUAUUAGGUUUCUUGGCAGACAAGGCAACCAAUGCCGAAGAAAAAGCUACAUUGGAAUCUUGGAAGAGUGAAAAAUACUUGACUGAAGUCAAGAACAAAAUGUUAAAUAUUGUAGAUAUGUUAGAGAAAUUCCCAUCCAUUAAGGUGACAUGGCAAGAUCUCAUUGGUAUCUUACCAAAGAAUCAACCAAGAUACUAUUCAAUUUCUUCAUCUAGAUUAGAAAAUGAAGAAAGAAAGAAGAGAGGAGAAGGAAAAAUUUUGAGAAUUACCUACGGUCCACUUGUACAGCCAAUUGAUAAUACCAAGACAUUCUUUGGAUUGUGUUCCAACUACUUGUCAGAGUGCAAACCAUCUAUUGCAUGUCCUGUUGUUAUCAGAACUUCUUCAUUCAGACUUCCAGAAAAUCCUGAAACACCAAUCGUUUGUAUUGCUGGUGGUACAGGUAUUGCUCCAUUCAGAGGAUUUAUUGAUGAAAGAAGAGUUCAACAAAUGAGAAAUCCAAACAUCAAAUUCGGUCCUUCAAUUUUGUUCUAUGGUGUUAGAGGACCUGAAGAAGUUAUUUACAAGAAGGAAAUUGAACAAGCUGUUAAGGAUGGUCUCAUUUCUGAAUCUCAUUUUGCUUACUCUGGAACUGACAGAAAGAUGAUUGCUGAUGCCAUUUAUGAAAACAAGGAAAAGGUUUAUCAAAUGCUCAGUAGAUCAAAAGGAAAUUUAUAUUUGUGUGGAGGUGUUUCAGGUUUUGGAACAAGAGCUUACAAUGUCAUCAAGGAUAUCAUUAAGAAUAUUGAGGGUGUUGAUGACAGAGUUGCUGAUUCACACAUUGAUUUGAUGAGAAAGGAAGGCAGAUGCUUUGAAGAUUUAUCUGAUUAA